AUGGCUGGAGUCGUGGAGCAGAAGAGCGGGCUGGUGCGCGGCAAGCUCAGCGAGGCCGGCAAGAGGAAUGGCCUCAUCAACACCAGAAGCCUGGUAGCCGAGAGCCGGGAUGGCCUGGUAUCCGUGUACCCCGCUCCCCAGUACCAGAGCUGCCGGGUGGUGGGCAGCGUGGCACCGGCUGGCCCAGACGGCGCCCGGAACGAGCCGCUCCAACAGCUGCUGGACCCCAGCACACUCCAGCAGUCAGUGGAGUCCCGCUACCGGCCCAACCUCAUCCUCUACUCGGAGAGUGUGCUGCGCCCCUGGGGGGAUGGUGUGGCGGCUGACUGCUGUGAGACCACCUUCAUCGAGGACCGCUCGCCCACCAAGGAGAGCCUGGAGUACCCCGAUGGCAAGUUCAUUGACCUCUCACCUGAAGACAUCAAGAUCCACACGCUAUCCUAUGAUGUGGAAGAGGAGGAGGAGUUCCAGGAGCUGGAGAGUGACUACUCCAGCGACACGGAGAGCGAGGACAACUUCCUCGUGAUGCCCCCGCGGGACCACCUGGGCCUCAGCGUCUUCUCCAUGCUCUGCUGCUUCUGGCCACUGGGCAUUGCCGCCUUCUACCUGUCCCAUGAGACGAACAAAGCUGUGGCCAAGGGGGACUUCCACCAGGCCAGCACCAGCUCCCGGCGGGCCCUCUUCCUGGCUGUGCUCUCCAUCACCAUAGGGACCGGCAUCUACGUGGGCGUGGCCGUGGCCCUCAUCGCCUACCUCUCCAAGAGCAACCACCUAUGA